AUGGCUCCUGUAUCGGCAGCAUGGGUGCUUUAAAGCAUGAUAGCAUACUUAGGUUUUGCGCAUGUCAUCUGCCGCAAGCUUGUAGGAUCCGUAUAACUUGAGGAGUCCCUGUGGACAAACUCAAUCCGCCAGUCCACUUUCCCUCCUCCACGGUCGUACCUGCAGCCAUGCUCCGCAACCUUGCUAUCCUCGCCCUUGGCGGGCUCGCUACAGCUUUGCCUCAACCGGCAACAGACAUUCCUGCUGUUGUCACAACACCGCCUCACGGCUCUGAGCCAGGUGCUGCACCUACUCGCGUCAGCCCUGACCCGACUGGACCUACCAGCCAUGGCCCUUACUCUGGAUCAGCCACAGUUACCGGAAACAAGCCUGCUGGGCCCACGACGUUGGCUUUGAAGUUCGAUGGACCGGCAAUUCCUAACCCUACCGCCACUUACUACAACCCUGAUGGCGAGCUGCGAUCUCCUGCUCAGCUCCCCUUCCUUCCUGGAGGUGGCAAGGGCGUCAAUGGAACGCUUCCCAGGUACAUGGUCGAGAGCGACUUCGACUUCGAGUCCGUCAACCUUGGACUGCACCAGGAGUACAUCGAACUUGACCUCUUCAACCACGGCCUUGCCAAGUUCUCGGACCAGGACUUCAUUGAUGCUGGCUUAACUGCCGAGGACAGGGCUUUCAUUGCCUUCAUGGCCACUCAGGAGAUCGACCACGCUACGCUUCUUACCAACAUGCUUGGCGAGGCAGCUCCCAAGCAGUGUACCUACGACUACCCCUUCACUACUGUCCGCGAGUUCAUCGACUUCAAUGUCAAGCUUACGAGGUGGGGUGAGAGUGGCAACUGGGGUUUUAUUUCCCACCUGGACAGCCGCGAGGUUGCUACGUUGCUGGUUCAGGCUGAGUCUAUUGAAGCUCGUCAGCAGAUGGCUUUCCGUCAGAUGUUGGGUCUGCACCCAAUGCCUGUUUCCUUUACACCUGGUAUUCCCCAGAGCUGGCACUGGACUCUGCUUGCCCCCUACAUUUCGUCCUGCCCUGCAAACAACACCCGCAUCGCAUGGCAGAACUUCCCCGCCCUGCACAUCCUCAACACUCCUAACCCUAACAGGGUCUCCCCCAACGAUACCGCCGAAAAUGAAGUCGUCGGCCCCCGUGUUGCCGAUCCCAGCAUCUCAAACCUCACCGAGUCCGAAUCUUGUGUUCAUAACACAACGACCGGGUACAAUUGCUCGCCCGCCAUCUCGCGCAAUAGGACCGAGCCCCUGACCUUCCCCGGCCGCAAGAUCUUCCUCGAGUGGGAGGACGCUGGUAAGGCUGUUGGGCCGAACAACAGCUACGUCACCAGCACUACCGCUGCUGAGCCGAAGUUCCUGGCCUGGGUCAGCCAGAUCAACACUACAUACACUCCACUCGAGGUCACUGGACCCAACCAGGGCUGGUCGUGGCAGCCGCCGAAUGAAGUGUACCAGCGCAACCCUGCUGUCAAUGAGACAGUGUUCGUUGCUGUUACCGACUCUGACCUCUACCUGACUCCUUUUAACUUGACGUUGAUCAACCCGCACGUCCGCGCGUUGGGUAUCUUCAUCGCCGGUUAGAAAGGUGAGAUGAUUUUUGCAACGCAUUGAGAACAGCUACAGGGCUGUUGGGAGGACAUAAUGUGUAUAGUACAAUACCCUAAUCCGAAUCACGCACAAGUACUCCUUUGGUUACCUCGU